AUGUCGUUUAAAGGCACCCCAAUGCAAGAUAUCUACAAUGGAGAAGGUCCAUGGCAUUAUCACACUCUACCAAUUGUCUUGUCUACAUAUCACUCAAUACUAUAUCAACUCAAAUCCAGUUUAGAAUGUCCACCAAAGCCAUAUGCAGGCCAUGAGAUACAUCAUUGGGAUGAGGGGUUUGUUCGAAUGCCAUUCUCUUCUAGAAAUGUAUAUCCCUCCAAAGAUGAUAAUGGUGAUGAUAUUUUAGUAUCACGUUGGGAGUUGAUAAAAUCUACUCUGCAACAAGCUAUAAGCUCAAGCAGAGAAUUAGAAGCUGCAAUAAAUGUCUACAAUAAUCGUUUGCCAAAGUUUCAUGCACUGCAUCAUUUGUUCGAGGAGGAGUUUGAUGAAGAAGAGAGCAGACAUUUCUUCAAUAAAUUAUUGCCUGGAAUUGUCAAGCUUGCCUUGCAGUUGGAGGAAAUUUUGCCAGGGAGUUUGCCACUUCUUCAGGCUGAUCACUGCAAGUCAAUUAGCUUGAGUCAGUUGCAGAUUGCUAGUUUAUUGGCGAAUGCGUUUCUGUGCACGUUUUCAGGAAGAAAGGUUCUUGAACAAAGUUACCCACGAAUAAAUUUCAUUGGGCUGUUUACACAAAAUAAUGUGUGGGUGGUUGAAAAACUCAAAUGCAUCAUUCACUAUUUCAAAAGAGUCCUAGACAAAAUGCCUUGUGGAGUGGUAACAUUUGAACGUCAACAUAUAUCUCGAGCAAAUCAACCAAGGUGGGACCAAUUGUCUCAAAACCUUGGAAAUGUGCGCGUGCACAUCACCUCCGAUGGAAUAAUCGAAGAAGGUUUGGGUUUGCUGCAAGUUGAUUUUGCAAACAAAUUCAUUGGCGGUGGAGUCUUAGCCCGUGGAUGUGUCCAAGAAGAAAUCCGCUUUGUAAUAAACCCAGAAUUGAUCGUUUCUCGAUUAUUCACAGAGAGAUUAAACAAUGGCGAAGCACUCAUUAUGACUGGCGCUGAACGUUUUAGUCGCUACAAAGGCUACGGCGAUACAUUCAAAUGGGAUGGUAACUAUGUCGAUGAGACGCCCUUUGAUGAUUAUAAUCGUCGACGUACAUCAAUCGUGGCCAUCGAUGCAACGAGACAAACCCGUUCAAACGAACAGUUUAAAUCCGGGAUGAUACUUCGCGAACUCAAUAAAGCGUAUGCAGGAUUCCAUUCGCGGGCGACUGGUCAAUUAGCAGCUGUUGCUACCGGUAAUUGGGGAUGCGGUGCCUUUGGAGGUAAUCUCCAUCUGAAGUUUAUUAUUCAAUUGAUGGCGUGCAGUGCAGCACGUAGAGACUUGGUAUAUUUCACGUUUGGUUCGAAAAAACUGCGUGAUGAUUUAUACAAUUUCUAUUCAUUUAUUGCUACAAAUCAGAUACAAAUAUCUGAGUUGUGGCGGUUAUUGUGCCGGUUUGAAGCUGCGCAGUUAAAACCUGAUCAAUUGUUUAGUUAUAUUCAGCAGGCGUAUUUUGAUUCAAAGAAAGAUGCGUUUGUUAAAGUUUCCGUCAGUGCAUUUAAGACAAGCUCGUUGUUUGGCCAACCAAAUCCACCAAAAGAAUUUAGAUUUACUAAAACUUUUAAUUUAAACGGUCAAAGUACUAGUAGAUUAUCUCCUACUAAUCCUACUAACAACAAUAUGGAAGUUGAAGAUAGUCAGGAACCCACAACUCCAUCAUCACCUCAUUUACCCAAGAGAAAACGUAAAACAUCAGAUUCAGCUAGUACAUCUACAACAUCACCUUCAACUACAACCAAUUUAAUAUCCAUUAUGAAUAAAAUUGACGGUAGUCCUACUAAGACAGUCACAAGUUCAGAGAGUGCUCAUAAUACAUCAUGGGGAUUCCUGAAUUGUGUUGAUGAAUACACUAAACAGGCUAAUAAAUCAUCAUCUGAUAGCAAUGUAUCAGACCAACAUCACACAACUAUUGAAAUUGAGAAAAACGAUGAACAACACAUGGAAGUUGAAGAAAUUAUAGAAAAUCUUUCUGAAGAUAUUGAAGACAAUUCCGCGGCGGUGAGUUCUUCAACGGUCAGUACUCCGAAGAAAAAGAUUACUGAUUAUUUUAAGAAAACCUAAUAGUAUUGCUGUUUUAUAUUUGAUUUGUUACUAGACUGGCCGCCAUGCUUAGAAAUGUAACUAAAAAAUGCUCUAAAUAAACGCACUACAUUGUUAUUUUUAAAUAUA